CAUAUCUUACUUUCACAGUCUUUAGUUUUGCACUUGUCAGCAUAGAAAACAAGAGGAAAAUCCUUUCGAUAUUUUAGGGACAUAAAAAUAAACUUAGAAGACAGGUUUUUUUUAAAACAAAUCUUCAUCCAACUUCUCAUCGCUCUUGACAUUCAUUUUCAGCCCUUGUUUAAUUUGAUCUCAUGACAUGCUGUCAGUACCACCCAUGACAACCAUAAUGUCCACAACGACAAAAACAAUGACGAACCAGGGAUCAAGAGGGAGGAGGGGUAGCGAUUGUAUUGGUUAUCCACACAAAAACAGAAAGCCAGGCACAGAAUUAUUCUCUGGUCAAUUGUUCCUGAAACACCUCUUAUCAUCAUGCAUAUUAUUGACGCUCCUCUGUUCACGCUCACUUGCCCAGUCACCAUCGCCGGCAACAUCUUCUCCUGUUACUUCGCCUCUUGCUGCUUCACCUCCUGUAGCACCCUUUCCUGUCAACAGUGCUGCAUAUGCUAGAACUGCUACAAAGCUCUACAUCGUUGGAGGCAUCACCGGCAACCUUGUCUAUUCUCAAUUCUUUUCCUUGGAUCUUGCUGUCCCUUGGAAUGCUUCCACGCCAGCUUGGCAACGACUAGCAGAUGGUCCGAGACAACAUUUGUUCCCUGCAGUUUUCUCUGCAGAUCAGAAAACAAUGAUCACCUUUCACAGUGGAUCCACCUUUGCAAUGCGAUAUAAUGUUGACUCUGAUACAUGGUACCCUUCCAAAACUGUUGCCGAAUUUGGGGUUUUACAAGGUGUAGGUGCAGUCACUGAUCUAUCCACAGGACUUGUCUAUAUGGCAGCAGGAUAUACUGCCAUGAGGUCACAGAUGAGCGUUUACAACUUUAAAAAAGAUGCCAUCAGCUCAUCACCAAACCCACUUCCACAAGAGAAUACGCUCUUCAAGGCGCGCGCAUAUUAUGGAAACGUGUGGUCGAAACAUAGAAACAGUAUCUUAUACUUUGGGGGCUAUGACACUGCUUUAAAAGCUUUGCCCCAGGAUAAUGUAGUGACUGAGUAUGUCCCUACUUCGGGACUCUGGCAAACGUUGAGCACGACAGGUGUUCCACCACCCAUGCGUGCCGACCAUUGUAUGGCGACAAAUGACGACGGUACUCUUAUGGUCGUGUAUGGUGGUCGACUGUCGAGCACGAGGGGCUACGCUGGUGAUAUUUAUAUCCUUGAUAUUGUGACCCAGACAUGGCGCUGUGGUACAACAGGGCCAAUCAGGGCUUACGCAGCAUGUACCAUUGCUGGAAACCAGCUUCUUGUCUGGGGGGGACGUGUUAAUGACAAAGAUAUUGUUGACCAGGACGUCCUAAUUUACGAUUUGGAGCGCGAUCAAUGGGUGAAAAACUACAUCCCUCCCUCAUCUUAUAAUAACAAAAAUCAGACCUCUCCAGAAAAACCAGGAUCAGUGGGGCCUGACUACGGUUAUCCUGACAACAGCAACGAAUCUUCUUCCUCCUCUCACACAGGCGCUAUCGCUGGAGGAGUUAUUGGCGGCAUUGCAGUAGUCGCGGCCACUAUCCUUUUGUUUGUAUUCUUACGACGAAGACAACAUCGUACACAUGGUGCAAAGCUCGUCAAUACGAAAGAUGAUGAAGAUCCAGAUGGUAACCCAACAUCGGGUGCGCAUGCGGAGGGGGCCAGAAAUGAACAAGAGUUGAGGGAUCUUCGUGUGAGGCUUCAGAAUCAGCAAGAAGAAUUGGAACUGCAUCGUAGGCUAUUGCUAUUACAACAAGAUCCACAGCAACAGCAGCAACAGCAACAGCAACAACAACAACAACAACAGCAACAGCAACAGCAACACUCACCGUAUCUCCCACCUUCUUACUCCUAUCAACCUCCAAUAUUUUUUGGCGUGGCACCUUCCACAGCUAGUGACCCCUAUGUAGCAAUCAACAAUCCAUAUACCCACAGUACAGAAGUCCCUAUCGCAGUAGGUCAAUAUCAUGGAGCCUCACCAUCAUCACCUCUGCCAAGUUACGCGCCCCAUCCCUACCAAUCCAUUUCAUCACCAGCACCUUCACAUAUUAUGAUAGCAACUGAUGUGAUCACCACGAGCCCUCCGCCUUCUCGGACGCCCAGCCGAAUUAAUUCUGCAACAUCCUUUCAUGACACCUCUUCUGAGGGAAGCAGCACUCAAUUGAGAAGUCAACGACCGCCUGGAAAUCCUCAAGUCGGCGCAAGAGAUCGUCUGUUAUCUCAAUCAAACCCAUAAUGCAUCGACAGGAUAAAAAUAACUAGUCUAAUAACCUUAAUAACAUCGCCACUUGUUCAUGUAUUUCGUAG